AUGAAUGAGAUUAGAAGAUUAGUAUGGAAUGGUACUUUGAAUGUUCAAAUUGAAAUAGACAAAUCAUUAAUUAUUUCGACAAGAGGUGAUAAACCUCUGUACGUUAAUAUCAAAAUACCUAGAGAGACAUAUAUUUCCUUGUUUACAGAAUCAAUACUUCACAGAGUGAAGGAUUAUCUCCGAAAAGAUAUAAGUGAGAUAGUGACGAAUAUAUGGUUUGAGGCAGAUGGUAAUUUAUUACUAUGGAAUAUACCGAUAGGAACCUCGCAUGACAUAAUAACGAAGAGUAGAGUAGGAUCUAUGAAUGAUAUAUCUGAUAGUAACACAUUCAUUCAAGUAUGGAAGAUCAAGCUAGUGUGCGGAGCAGAUUUACCUGCUACACAUAUCCCUAUAGUUAACGGGAAUAGUCAGAUACAGAAAUAUUGGAUGCAUCAAUGGAAGCAAUCAUGUUUCAUAUUAAAUGGAUCGUCUAAAGGGGUCAUGUCACUUCAUAUGAACGACUCUCAGUCUUUUUGGAACUCUAUUCUUCAUAGAACUCAAGAUUCUUUUGAAGAGAUAAGCAAGAAGAUCAUUCCAAAAUUUCCUAGAAAGAUUCCUAUCGUUUUGCAUACUAAAGGACAGACAGAUAGUCAAUAUCAUCCUAUGAUAGUAAAUGUUGAUAAUGAAGGGGAAAAGAAAACAUUGAGUCAAUUGGUUGAGCAGUUUAGUGAAGCAAAUAAUCUCGAAAUAAUAAAUGUAGUAUCCCAGGGGAUCCCAUUGCCAUUAGACCUUGAUCUUCAUUUUUUAUUCUUGGUGUUUUCCAGUUUUGAUGGAUUUUUACACUUAAUUAUUACACAUCCUCAGGAUACAGCACAGGACAAAUCAUAUUAA